AGUUCCGGGUGCGCGGCCCCGGAUGUUGGCUGCUCCCGCUGCUGCCGCCGCCGCCGCUCUCGGCGCUGCUUGGGGCCUCGGCCGGCCGCACCAGAAGCCGUUGGGACGUUUUGUGGGGGACGGAGACGUACGCAGCGGCCGGGGGCUCGGCCGGGCCGUCCCGGCCUGCGCAGCCUGAGUCUAGACCAUGGAGCAGAUCACCUAGAGUAUGUUUUGGUUAGCAGAGCAGACACACCCAGAUCACUGCCUCCUAGAGUCCUGGAUGGAGAGGAAAGAUAAAGAGACUGAAUCCUUGAUUCUUUUUGUGGCCAGAUGGGUUUGUAUGGACAGGCUUGUCCAUCUGUAACUUCAUUAAGGAUGACAUCUGAACUGGAGAGCAGCUUAACAUCUAUGGACUGGUUACCACAGCUCACCAUGAGAGCAGCCAUCCAAAAAUCUGAUGCUGCACAAAAUGCACAUGGAACAGGGAUUUCCAAGAAGAAUGCACUCCUUGACCCAAAUACAACCCUGGACCAGGAGGAAGUCCAACAGCACAAAGAUGGGAAACCUCCAUACAGUUAUGCCAGCCUCAUUACUUUUGCAAUUAAUAGCUCACCCAAAAAGAAAAUGACUCUAAGUGAGAUUUACCAGUGGAUUUGUGAUAACUUCCCAUAUUAUAGAGAGGCUGGCAGUGGUUGGAAGAAUUCCAUACGUCAUAAUCUGUCAUUGAACAAGUGUUUCCUUAAAGUGCCUCGAUCAAAGGAUGACCCCGGAAAGGGGUCCUAUUGGGCAAUAGACACCAAUCCGAAGGAAGAUGCACUUCCUACUCGUCCAAAGAAGAGGGCGCGAUCUGUAGAACGGGCCUCAACUCCAUAUAGCAUAGAUUCAGAUUCUUUGGGAAUGGAGUGUAUUAUUUCGGGAAGUGCCUCUCCAACUCUGGCAAUCAACACUGUGACUAACAAAGUAACAUUGUACAACGCUGAUCAGGAUGGUAGUGAUAGCCCACGCAGUAGCCUUAACAACAGUCUCUCAGAUCAGAGUUUGGCAUCUGUUAAUUUGAACAGUGUUGGAAGUGUGCAUAGUUAUACACCGGUAUCAAACCAUCCAGAACCAGUCUCUCAGUCAUUAACUCCUCAGCAGCAGCCACAAUACAACCUACCAGAACGAGACAAACUACUUUUCUCAGAGUAUAAUUUUGAAGAUCUCAGUGCCUCAUUUCGGAGCUUGUAUAAGUCAGUUUUUGAGCAGUCACUUAGUCAACAAGGUUUGAUGAACAUCCCUUCUGAAUCUUCCCAGCAGUCCCAUACUUCGUGUUCCUAUCAGCACUCUCCUAGCAGUACAGUGAGCUCUCACCCACACAGCAACCAAAGCAACCUGUCCAAUAGUCAUGGCAGUGGCCUCAGCACUGCAGGCAGUAAUUCGGUUGCACAAGUCUCACUGCCUCACCCCCAGAUGCACACACAGCCAUCUCCACAUCCACCCCAUCGACCGCAUGGUUUACCACAGCAUCCACAACGUCCCCAGCACCCAGCACCGCAUCCACAGCAACACAGCCAGCUCCAAUCCCCUCACCCUCAGCACCCAUCUCCACACCAACACAUGCAGCACCAUCCGAACCAUCAACAUCAGACGUUAACACAUCAGGCACCCCCACCCCCACAACAGGUAUCCUGUAAUUCUGGUGUUUCAAAUGAUUGGUAUGCAACACUUGAUAUGCUAAAAGAAAGCUGUCGAAUUGCCAGCAGUGUUAAUUGGUCAGACGUAGACCUUUCACAGUUCCAAGGUUUGAUGGAGAGUAUGAGACAGGCAGAUCUCAAGAACUGGUCUUUAGAUCAAGUUCAAUUUGCUGAUCUCUGUUCUUCUCUUAAUCAGUUCUUUACACAAACUGGCCUUAUACACUCACAGAGUAAUAUUCAGCAAAAUGUUUGUCAUGGUGCCAUGCAUCCAACAAAACCUUCCCAACACAUUGGAACAGGAAAUUUGUACAUAGACUCUAGGCAAAAUCUCCCUCCUCCAGUGAUGCCACCCCCUGGUUAUCCUCAUAUCCCACAGGCACUCAGCACUCCAGGAACAACGAUUGCAGGCCAUCACGGAGCCAUGAACCAGCAGCACAUGAUGCCUUCCCAAGCCUUCCAAAUGCGACGCUCCCUGCCUCCAGAUGACAUCCAGGAUGACUUUGAUUGGGAUUCAAUUGUGUAGGGUUUGGUUCCACAAGGCACCAGACUUUAAUGUCACCUUUCUGUGCAAUGAAGGGAAAGGUUUAAAAGAAUCCAGUUGAAAGAACAAAGUUGCUAAUCACUUUACCAAUGUUAUCAAAGUUCCUUUUGAAGACAAUCAAAAAGAUUUUAGCUGGAUAACUUACUGCUUUAAUCUGACCCAAACAAGUACUACAUGUUUGUCUCCCUGCCAGCUGCCCUCUGUAGCUUCUGUUGUGUGAUUUGGACAACUUUUUGCAUAUUUGUGUCAAAUCAAUUUGAUGUUGACCACAAGUGCCAGACUGAUAUUUCAGACAGAGCCUAUUUUGCUGCAAGCAGUUUAUAGAUACAUAUGUGUAAAUAUAUGUACAGAAAUUCCUGAAAGGCUUCAGUUUUUUUUCUAAUUGGAUUAUUGUGUCUCGAAAAGAAAGGUAUUGUGAGUUUUUAUUCCUUGUUAGGCUAUUUUCUGCAGGAUCCUUUUCAGUAAUGUAAAAAACUGAAAGGAAACAUAUUUUUCCAAAGCCUAGUUCUUUAAUAUUUUCCAGAAAUUGGGUAAUGAGCUCUGCCCAGUCAACCUAGGAACCCACAGUAUGAUACUCUCCAAAAAAUCCAAAGGGGGUGUUGUUUUUCCUGAGUAGCAUGAAGAACUGACCAAAUUUGUUUUGAUGCUUGGAGGAUUAUAGAGUUUGUGUUGUACUUUGUCAAUGUCUGUUUUCCCUAAAUCUACAUCAAAACAACUCUAAAAUUUAUUUGAUGAAUUAGAAGCUGGGCAUUGUUUUGCUUUUUAAACAAACCAAUGCCUCCAUAUUUACUUAUGUAUUUAUUAUUCUAAAGUAUUAUUUUAAUAUUUAUUACUACCUUCUGUGAAUGCUCAGCUCCUGUUGGGUUCAUUAAGGAGAAAUGCAGUGUCUGAAAGCACAGAAUUAUUUUUCUUGGUAAGAGUUUACAGACAAGACAAUCGGAGAGUAUAUCAUUCUCUUUAUCGUUACUUUUCUUUUUUAACCAUGCGAGUAUAUUUCUCUAUCUUAGCAUUCCUGCUGAUUGAAACUUAUUGGCUACAUAGAAUUUUUCUGAGAUUUGAAUUAGAGUUCAUUUGGGCAACAGAGCUCAGCAGGACAGUAUUUUAUAAAGCAAGUUUCUCCAUUCAUUCCAUUUUUAUUUCAUAGCACUGAAGUAAGGGUAGAGACGCACAGAUUUUAUUGGCCUCAGUGCCCUUAUUAAAAAGCAUGCUGUGUCUUUUGUCAUAUCUGAUGUAUGUGUCUGUGUGUACAUGACAUUUAGUCAGUUUCUUUGAAAUGCAGUCUGCCUCUUGGGUUGUUUUGUUUUUUAAGUGGUGGGUGGUAGUGGUUUGUUUUAUUUUGUUACAUAUCAUAAUUACUUUACAUAGAUUGUUAGUUUUAUCAUAGAACUAGAAGGAAUGAGAUUUUUAAAUGAAUAGAUUUUGAAUUGGUUGUUUAGACCAAAAACAACAACAACAGAGUAUCUUUAAUUCUAAUUGGGAAAUGAUAUGUUCCAUCAAAUCAAGGAGUCAUUACUGCUCACUAGUUGCAGUUUGGAUGGUCUGUAUCAGCCUUGCUCAAAUCACUUUAAUUAGCCUUAGUGAUUCUGUGGUUGAAUAAUCUCUACUCUGAGUAAACAAAUGUGGUGUGUGUGUGUGUGUGUAUGUGUGUGUGUGUGUGUGUUUUAAUGGAGUGUUGCCUUGAAUGAAUCACUGGGAAGCCAGCCAUUGUAAAUGGCUGGUGAAGUUGGGAGAAAGAAAGGCUUUAUGUUCCUCUGUUGUUUGGACCCGUUUGCUACGAAAAAGGAAGCUCAGUUCCAGCCCCUUGGAUCAAUGAAAAUGAGAAGAUUCUGGAAAGGCAGCCAACGCCCUUUUACAAGGAUAAGAGGCAAGAUGAUAGCAGCCUGCAGAGUAAAAGCUUUAAAAGGGGGAGGGUGGGUAUUUUCAAUAGUCUGCUCAAGUCACUGUUUUCUAGACACCAAAAUAGCUGUUUUGAAACUGUUUAAAUUGCUUGGGUAGCAAUGUGCACUUUAAACAAUUUGGAUAUUGGAAUGCAGUCUCAUACUGAGUGAUUUGGGUAGAAAUCACUGAUGAAUAUUUUACAAAUUUUGUGAAGCUUAUUUUUCAUUUGGUAAUCAUUUACUGAUUUGCAGUGAUCAAUAUUUUUAUGAGAGUUUAAACUGACUGAAUAUGGCCCUGGAGCCAAAAGCCACCCAGACUCAUCCCACUUUCCUGUGACAUAGCGGCCAUGAGCCCGGGACAGGCCUCAGCAGGCCUGGCCACACAGGUCCAGAGAGUCCCUCCAGUGGCCAUUUCAGUUGGUAGUUAAUGGAGAGCAAGUUCUGCCUUGGGCUUAAAUAGACUAAAGACUAUUGAAGAAAAGAGUAAUAAAUGCGUGCAGUCAAAUGUGGCACUCUGUCCAGGAGAAUAAUCCGACUGGCAUUUGUGGCAGUUUUUGAAAUGUAAAUGUAUUCAUGUGUGUUCUUGUAAAUACAUGUCUCUCAGAUGUCUUUUGAAGUGGGAGGGAAUCAAUCCGGGGAUAAUUUGAAAUGGAAUAGAGUAUUUUGAUAUUGUUUAUUCAGAGGGUGUUGUGUACAUAUCUCUAUUGUAUAUAUGUGAUGAAACUGCAUUGGCUUUUUGUGCAAAAACAACCUGCUCUCUGUACUGCUGUUGGACAGUGUUUUAAUGUUUCUACAGUUUUGCUAUUGCACGAUUUCACAUUUUGCCUCUAUGAUGAACGGCACCCAUUCUUUGUAACUGUUUAGUGCUGUAAAGAAAUAUUUCAAGUGUCAUUAGGAUUGUUGCUGCCAGAACUGAUAUGCAUGAAUGGCACUUAAAAUAAAUAUAUUAUGUUAACUCUAUUUA